CCUUAAAACCAAUGUUGAUUUGACUUUCUGCUUCUGCCUUAGAGCAGCUACUGUUCCAGGACAAUUACAGGGCAAGGCUAGUGUGCCAAACAAAAAGAGAACAUAAAAGAAAUAAAAGAGAAAAAGAUGAACAUGUACACUUGUUCCAUGAUUAUUGCUCUUGUUUUGGCUUCCAGCAGUGGUGCUAGCGAGGCGGAGGAAAGGAGAAGUUUUGGACAUGAGACCAAAGAAGCUAAGAAUAACACUCAUCAACUCAGAGUUUUUUCAGAUAAUUGCAGAAGCCACCCUUGCAGAAAUGGAGGAACAUGUUUAAUGCCAUGUGAUCGAUAUUCUCAUUGUUGCAUAUGUCCUGAAGAAUUCACUGGGGAAAAGUGUGAAGUGGCAAAAUGUUUUGAUGCAGCUCUGCAUGAAUAUUUUGAGAAAGGGGAAAGCUGGACAAGGAUCUACCAAGGAAUAGUGCAACAGUGCACUUGUAUUAACAGCCUAAUUGAGUGCCAACCUGAACGGUACACCGAUUGUACCACCAACCCAUGCCUCCAUGGGGGUUCUUGCAGGAGGACUGCCUUCACCAAUAGAACAGUCUGUGGGUGCAAAACCCCUUUUGUGGGGAAAUACUGCAGUAUUGAUCCCAGCCAAUCAUGCUAUUCUGGCAAUGGAACACAUUACAGGGGCAUUGUGACGAAGACUGUUUCUGGAAAUAAUUGUCUGCCAUGGAAUUCAGAUUUGCUUAAUUCUAACUUCAUUGAAAAUCCUGUACAACUGGGACUGGGACCACAUUCAUACUGCCGAAAUCCAGAUGAUGAUGAGAGACCAUGGUGUUAUUUCAUCAAAAACAACUUAGUAUCUUGGGAAUAUUGCAACAUUGCAUUAUGUGAGAACCGGGGAAGACGGCCACCAGCACCACCAGCACCACCACCAGAAAUACUUGAGGAUUUCGCUGUCGUCAAGAAUUCAUGUGGAAAGAGACAUAAGAAACGAAGUUUCCUAAGACCUAGGAUUGUAGGUGGAUCUUCUGCUUUGCCAGGAUCUCAUCCAUGGGUGGCCGCCAUAUAUAUUGGAACAGAUUUCUGUUCUGGAAGCCUUAUUCGUUCUUGUUGGGUGGUAACAUCUGCACAUUGUUUUGCUAACAGCCCACUGAAAUCAACAAUUCGAGUAGUUUUGGGACAACAUUUUUUAAAUAAAACUACAGAUGUCACUCAAGAAUUUGGUGUAGAGAAGUAUAUCAUGUUUCCUGACUACACAGUGUACAACCCAACUGAAAAUGACAUUGUUUUAAUUAAACUCAAGAAGUCCAAACAGCGUUGUGCAGUGAAGUCCCAGUUUGUUCAACCAAUCUGCCUCCCAGAAAAAGGAAUGUCAUUCCCAGAUAAUUACAAAUGCCAAAUUGCUGGAUGGGGACACUUGCAUGAAAAUUCAUCCACCUAUUCUCAUGUUAUUCAAGAAGCCUCAGUCCCACUAAUUCCUGAUUACAAAUGUCAAAACUAUGAUGUUUAUGGAGCUGAAAUUACUGAAAAUAUGUUUUGUGCUGGUUUUCUUGAUGGCAAAUCAGAUGCCUGUCAGGGAGAUUCUGGAGGACCACUUGCCUGUAUAAAGGAUGGAAUUUCUUACCUGUAUGGUAUUAUCAGUUGGGGUGAUGGCUGUAGCAAGGCUGGAAAGCCUGGGGUUUAUACGAAAGUCACCAGAUAUGUGGACUGGAUAAAUGAGAAGAUAAACCCUACUCCAAAACAGACUGUGUAGUUCCUUACAGUAAUUAUCUCUGCCUUUCUGUUAAUUUCACAAUAGAUUUAUUUACAUAAACAA